AUUCCCCGAUACGCACGCGGGGAGAAUAAUUAUGAGCUUGCGCAGUACGCGUCUUCGGGCGGCGGCGGCGGCGGCGGCGGCGGCGGCGACGGUACCGGGCAUAGGAACUCGCGGGGGUAGGGAUCACGGGGGUGGCGAGAGGGUGACCGAGGAGAAAUAAAGCCCCGCGCCCAGCCGGCGAAUGCAGCCGCGGAUGCUGAAAAUUCGCUCCUCCCGGUCGCGCCACGACAUUCGCGUCUCGCGGGCGAGUGAGAAGAGCGGUGGAGUCACAUACGAGAUCUGCGGUGUUACGAGUUCGUACGCGAGAAUCGGCGGCACGCGUGUGCGUGAGUGCGUGUGUACGCGCGGUGCGUGUCAACCCCGAGCACGGGUAAGGACAGUGCGUAUAUACGUGUCAACGACUCUCUCGGCCGCCAGUGGCCCCGUUUCGCCCCCGUCUCGGUGAUAUAUACAUCGUUCGGCGGCCACCUUCGCGUGACGCUCUCUCACCUGGAUAUGCCGAGGCAUGCGCCAUAAAAAUCGACGGAAUUGAUGUAUCGCAGGGCGCAGAUCUGCAUCUACUACCUGCUAUGCAUAGCAGCAGUGGACCUAACGUUCACCUCCAAUUCGGAGAUUACUACUGCGAAAAGUCGAGAUUGCCCUCCAGAAUGCAUUUGCCUUUCCCCGAAGCAGGUGCUCUGCAACACAGGCGGCCUCGAAGAUAUACCAACGCAUCAGCUGCCGGAGACCGUGGAGGAGUUGUCGCUAACAAAGAAUAAUUUCCCCGUGAUCAAAGGCGACGCCUUCGCGGGUCUUCGAAUUUUGCGCAAGCUCACGUUGGACGGCAACAACAUCACCUCCAUACGACCGUUCGCGUUUCGCGGCUUGAACAGGCUGCGCGAACUCUCGAUCCAGCAUACACCGUUGCCUUGCAUCGAGAAGUUCUCGUUCGCUGCUUUGCAGAACGUCUCAGUGUUGUUGUUGGCGAAUAACAAGAUCCGCUACGUCGAAGGCUACUCGUUCGCCGGUACGUCCAACGUGCAGGUGAUCUUGCUGAUCAACAAUCCGCUAUUAACCGUCCAAAGCCACGCUUUCGCCGGUCUCACCAAUGUCGUUCGGCUCGUCUUUCCAUCUGGCAUCCGAACGAUCGAGCAGGACGCGUUUGACGGUCUACAGCACGUCGGCCUGCUCAAGCUCACUUAUAUGGACCUAUCCGGCCUCAGAGCUUACACAUUUCGCGGCCUCUCGUACGUAUACUCGCUCAAUAUCCAGGAGAGUGACCUUGGGAUCGUGCAAAAGGACGCAUUUGCCGGUCUCGUCCAUGUGGAUCGGCUCAAUAUACUGAACAACAAGGUAGAUCUGAUUGAACGUCUGCACCUGCGGCGCGACAAUUAUAUCGAGGUACUGCGCUUCCAUGGUAAUCACAUGCUGGAGGCGCCGCGACACGCUCGGGACAUCCUCCUGGAGGUAGACACGUUGAGCGCGAUCGACAAUCACUUUCCAUGCGACUGCCAAGCGCACAAUGUUCUUGAGAGCGACUUCGUACGCGGCAACAGCGUCGAGUUCCAGCGUCGCAACUACUGCAUCUCGCCGUUCGAGUACAACGGUAAGCCCAUGAAUGUGGUCGACUUUGACCUCGUCGCCCGAUGCCACGACAACGUCAUGCAAGAUAACCUGGGCUCGGGCGUCAUCGGCGUCACGUGCCUGUCGACGUUGCUGUCGAUCGCCUUCCUGCUUUCAGCGAACUUCCUCCGAUGAACGCUCUUCCAGUCAGUCUUCUUCUAAUCAUCGUCGUCUUCUAUAUAAUUAUUCCUUAUUAUUAGACAGAGUUGGAAAAUAAUACAUUGCAACAUUAUUUUUCUCAGUAA